UCAGCGAACACGUGCCAAGAAUAACACCUUCUCUUGUUCAGCACCCACAGUGGAGGAUAGCUGAGCAGCGUGAGGACGGCACCGACAGCACCGACGGCACCGACACCACCGACACCACCGACCUGAGAGCGGCUCACCUGGCGUCCAACAUGCGUCAGAACCAACGCUGUGCUCGCAGGGAACCACCGACACCGACGCAGCUCUGAGCCGCGACAGGGAAACAGCAGCACGGCUAGCUUAGCUUUAGCUUAGCUUAGCUCCCGUUAGCUCCCGUUAGCUACAGGCUAGCUGCAGGCUACCGACGGCUCCGCGCUCAGCAGCACCCAGCACGACGUCGGCUCCGACCCCGCCGCGGCAGGACGACCUAUAGGCAGCAAUGGGUGCAUUCCUGGACAAGCCGAAGACGGAGAAGCAUAGCUCCCACGGUGAGGGCAACGGGCUGCGCUAUGGCCUGAGCUCCAUGCAGGGCUGGCGGGUGGAGAUGGAGGACGCCCACACAGCUGUGGUGGGCCUCCCCCAUGGACUCACCGACUGGUCCUUCUUUGCCGUCUACGAUGGCCACGCAGGCUCCCGGGUGGCCAACUACUGCUCCGGCCACUUGCUGGAACACAUCUUGUCAGGAGGGGCCGACUUCAGUUCAGGAUCCGGCUCCGUGGAGGGAGUGAAGGACGGCAUCCGCUCGGGCUUCCUGAACAUUGACGAGUACAUGCGCAGCUUCUCCGACCUGCGGCAGGGCCUGGACCGCAGCGGAUCCACCGCCGUGUGCGUGUUGCUCAGCCCGAGCCACCUCUACUUCAUUAACUGCGGCGACUCGCGGGCCGUGCUGAGUCGAGACACCAAGGUGGGCUUCUCCACCCAGGACCACAAGCCCUGCAACCCCCGUGAAAAGGAGCGCAUCCAGAACGCUGGAGGCUCGGUCAUGAUCCAGAGGGUAAACGGCUCCCUGGCUGUGUCCCGGGCCCUGGGGGACUACGACUACAAAUGUGUGGAUGGUAAGGGCCCCACGGAGCAGCUGGUGAGCCCCGAGCCAGAGGUGUGUGUGUUGGAGCGGGCGGCCGAAGAAGACGAGUUCGUGGUGCUGGCGUGUGAUGGAAUCUGGGAUGUCAUGUCCAACGAGGAGCUGUGUGAGUUUGUCCGCUCACGACUCCUGGUGUGUGAUGACCUGGAGAAGGUCUGUAACUCGGUGGUGGACACCUGUCUGCAUAAGGGGAGCAGGGACAAUAUGAGUGUGGUGGUGGUGUGUUUACCCGGAGCGCCCAAGAUCUCAGAGGAGGCUGUGAAGAAAGAAGAGGAAUUGGAUAAGUACCUGGAGACCCGUGUUGAGGAGCUACUGGGGAACUGUGGGGAGGCGGGAGUCCCUGACCUGGUGUCUGUCCUGAGGAGCAUCGCCACAGAGAACAUCCCCAACCUUCCACCUGGCGGAGGCCUGGCCAGCAAACGGAGCGUGAUCGAGGCGGUGUACAACAAGCUGAACCCUCACAGAGAAGAGGAAGGGGCCUGUGCGGGGGGAGAGGAGGAGAGUGAGGAGGGAGGUGGCAGCACGGCGGCUCAUCUGCUGGAGGCUCUGCGGCAGUUCCGCCUGCACCCGGGGCAGUACCACUCGGUGCUGGAGGAGUCCCUGGCCACCUACACACCGGGGGAGACCACGGUGGAGGGAGCGGCGGAGGGCAGGAGGACCUCGGGCGACGGUGACGGCGGCCAGCGGCAGCCCGCCUCCCCUCCCUCUCCCCCGCCCCCGCCUUCACCCGCCACUGCAGAGCCGGAGGCUAGCCAAGAUGCUCCCGAGUCCCAUCCCUCCUCUGACUGAGCAGCCCGUCCUCACCCCUUCCCCCCGACCCCUAGAGCUCUAGUCAGAUGUGCUGUGACCUCUCCUCCUCUUUCCUUACUCACAGAACUUGAAUGGACACAUCGGCCUCUUCCGGCUCUAUCAUGGUCUGCGUCUACAGCUACCACUUUCAUUCAUCAAUAUUUUAGCAAUGCAAUGGAAAUAAAAACGGCCCUUCUGUCUGUUCAAGUUCUGUCUCCAAGCCACACACAUAUAUACCUUUAACCCUAAUAAGGACGCUUCCUUUUGUUUCCCCUGUCUCCUCUGACCACCUCGGCUUGGAUUCCCAAACCACUUUUACCACCUGACCACCAGACACCACCUGACCACCAGACACCACCUGACCACCAGACACCACCUGACCACCAGAUACCACCUGACCACCAGACUGAUGUUUACAAUAGAAAAGAAUCAACCGCAAAGUAUAGUUAAAUGCAAACGUGGCGGGUGAAGCAAAACUGAACCUUGCACUCCAUGGCCUACAUUUACCAGUAUUGGCUUCUGGCUGAAUUCCCACUUGAACCCCCCCCUCCCCAACCCCUCCCAGCCCCCCUCCCACACUCGCUUACAGUGGACAAACUUACAAAGAAGAGGAGACCUGCAGCUGUGUCCGACACACUGCACUGUCUCCAGGCCUACUACAUCUACAAGCUCAGAACACACUCUUUUGCGUUUCUGUGUGUAUGUGUGUGUAUGUAUGUGUGUGCAUGUGUGUCUUCAUGUGUUUGAGUGACGGAGAAAGAGACCAAUCAUCACUACAGAAAUGUGUGUUUUUGGUAGUGGGUGAUGCUUGACUGUUAGCCUCAUUUAUCAACAAGUUAUUCAAACCAGUCUGGGUUCUGUGUCGGGGGGUUGGUGGGUGUAUACUUUGAGCCUCAUUUCAUUUAAAUCAUUCCCUCACCAGAUAGGCCUAAUUCUGCAUCACCACAUUUUAGUAAGCUGCCUCACAGUCGCCCACAGAGAGGUCGUUAAAAACCAAACUGCUGACACGGCUCAAAAUGUCAGAGCAUUGAAUCCUACUGUAGGCAUCCAACAUCCAACGUUUCACUCCUGUACAGUUGAUUACACCUGGACAACCAUGUGUAAUAGGUGACGUGGUUGUGUCUGUAAUCAGUCCACAGAAUAACUGAAGUACUACUGAACCAGGUUUCCAUAAAGAUCCCGCCGCUGCUGUUAACCGUAGCAGGAUGUGUUUCAGCUUGAUUCAAAUCCCACACACAGUAUAUUUCAUUCCUCACAGGUUAUGACAUCAUCCGUUCAAAACAACACAAUCUGAAACUCAUCUCUCAUUGGGAAAGUUCGAUUUCUAACAGACCGAAGCAGCAGUGUUGGUUUUUCUUCUUUGAGAGCAGGAAGGGGGAAUGUAAGUCAGUAUAAAGCCCAUUACCCAACGACCCUGGGAAUGCAUGCACUGCACUUAUCUUUUCAAUAUCGAAGGCAUUUAACUAUCGGAGGGGAGGUUAUGCUAAACACUGUUGUGUGUGUGUGUGUGCGUGUGUGUGUAUGUUUGAGUUGUAUUUGUAUGCGGUUACGUGGGCCAAAUCAGUCCCACACAGUUAAAUUUACAAAUGAACAAAAUAAAGAUGAUUUGAGGUAUAAUGCAAUGACUUGUGUCGAGUGUAUGAGUAUCUCUCCCUGCUAUCUGACUGUACAGCUGUGUCUCUUGUCUUUUGGUCCCGUCUAAUGUGUCAAACCUCGCAAAUGUGUAGAUCAGGGGUUGUGAUUAGGGAUACAAAAAUGAAUUUGGCAAAAUAAAUCAUUAAAAUCCCAGAUAAAGUGAGGGCUUUUGCAGGAUCAUUCCCUGAAUCUCUUUAUUUAAUACGCCGUAUCUGUUUCUGUUUCUCGUGCUCAGCUUCCCUCCACUGUCAGCUCUUAGCCGCGUUGGUAAAUGAACCUCAGCUGCUCAAAGACAUUUUAAUCUUUCGUCCCCUUUAAAACAAUGGCAGCAAAAUAAAUGCCUGCCGCUGCUUUGCAUGGGCUAGAGGAGGGACUCCUUUCUCUCCAUUUCUCCCCUGUUUUGCAGUCUGACAGUUGGCCUCGUGAUUCUCCGCAAGGUGAGUCAUCAGAGGUCUGGGUUCUGGUUGUGUUAAUGUGCAGGCUGGUCCAGAAUGUCUCCGUCUUUCACUGAUCUCCAUUCAGUUUGAGUAGAUAAAGGAGGGCAGAGAGGUUUGAGUUUACAACUGUGUGCAGUGAAAGACGCAGCAACAAGAAAACAAACUAACACACAUGCCUCUCUCUCUCUCUCUCUCUCUCUCUCCUCUCCCCAUCUC